UGAUUAUUUAUGUACUAAACAAUACUUCCCAAACUUUGAUAUCUGCUAAAUCAUGUCCCUCGAACUUUGAUAUAUACUAAAUCAUACCCCUUGAACUUUCAUCCAUGUUAGAAUUUUUUUACUAAAAUUAGACAAAAAUCCUUAAAUCCAACAAUCUCAAUAUAGUUCAAGGGCAUUUUUAACGACUUUAAAAAUUCAAAAGGUAUAAUUUGGUACAUGUACUCAGAGGUCAACAGUCAACUGUAUUUUAUGUAAGGGUAUUUUAGGAAUUUUAAUAUCCUGGUUAGGCCUAUAUAUGUAAUGUUUUCAUUUCGAUACAUUUAGAUAUAUAAUACUAAAAACAAUAAACAGGUUCUUCGACCGACAAAAGCAUCAAAGUAAUCAAAUCAGGUUUUGUCAAAGAAGUGAAUAUUUUUCAAAAUGGAAGCAAACUAUAACUAUAACACUGUAAUUUUCAACACUAAAUUCAGUGAUAUGAGUGUGGCAUUUUACCAAACAUUCCUUCAAUCUCUACGAAGAGAAUUGUCUAGCGGAACUACGAGCUAUGACAUACCGUUAUUGCGUACAAAAUCAACGGCGGUCAAUGACAAAGAAUUUGUAUAUGUGAGACUUUACAAUCAAAGUUUCACAAUCACAUUUGCAAUAUCAACUCUGAACUCGUAUGUGAUUGGUUAUCAAGUAGAUGCAGAAAGGCGUUGCUACUUCUUUAAAGAAGCUUCUCGCGACGCAAAAAAAUUACUUUUCAAAGAAAGUACUGAUCAAAGACAUGUCGAUCUCAAAACAAAUUAUGAUAUCUUAGGAAAUAGAGAAAAUGUCAAUUUGGGAUUUAAGUCGUUAGACAAUUCCCUCGAAGCAUUUACUAGGUUUGAUAGUGAGAAACCUACGAACGAGCUUCGUCAGAAUCUUUUAGUUGUUAUCCAAAUGAUUGCGGAGGCUGCAAGAUCCAAAUAUAUUCAGCAAAAAUUAGAAUUUAAAGGCUUUGAAGCUGGAUUUUUCCCUAAAGGUGAUAUUAUUGCGUAUGAGAAUAAAUGGGAAGAUCUUUCUAAAGCAAUACAGAAUUCUAAAGAUGGAAAUUUUCCAAAAGUAAAGUUGCAAAAUGAAGAUUAUAGUGAUCGUUAUGUGUCCACAGUUGCAGAAGUGAAAAAUGACAUGGCACUCUUGUUGAAUAUUGCAGCAUAAACAAAUUACAUAAACCUUUGUCCAAUAUUUUACUUAAUAUUAUUGUCACCAAAAAAUAAAUGACAUCAAUCUUUGAUGUCCUAUAUGGUAUUUCAGUCUGUGUGGUAUUUUAUUUCCAAUAAUGUUUCUCUACAAUUAUAUCAUUAUGGUAUGAUGAUAUUUGUAAGGGAAAAUAUCAAUUUCGUUUAUUAUGUACUUUGGUAAAAUAAUAAUUUAGAUUUUAUAAUUUGAAAAAUUGAUCAUCAAUUUGAUAAAAGGAACUUAAUUUUUGUUAAUUGUUUUUUAGUUUUACAUAUUAUGUUUUAGUCACAAAUAAUUUUUUUAUUUUAACGAAAG